AUGCCCUACUUGACAUUCCUCAUUGAUAACUACGAACACAUACCCGCGGCAGGCGCGGUAUUCGUUCACGGGAAUCGCUAUCAGUGGCAUAAUGAUCAUCCGCAAUACGACAAUAGGGAUUUAUUAUCCCGGCUUAAUGUGGAGGAUGCGUUGAGGGAAUAUGGGUAUCAUAAUUUAAAAUGUGAUUGGAGUUUGAGUACGUGUAGAAGUGAAGCGGUUCCCCAGGGAAGUUUGGAGACAAGUAUGCAAGCAUCUCUACAACCGUGGGAUAAACGGGCGGUUUCUGAUGCGGCGUUUCCUAAAGCGUUGAAGGUACUGUUUGGCGAGGGGAAACAGUUGAGUAGGACCGAUGUGGUCAGAAGUCAAUGUUGUGCGCAAUUUGUCGUUUCUAGAGAGAGUAUUUGGAAACAUGAUAGAGAGGAAUAUGUAGCAUUGAGACAGUGGUUAUUGAAUGCUAACGGGGCACCAAGGGAUGAUAAAGUUGCGGGGAGAAUCUUGAGUUAUUUGUGGCAUGUGUUAUUUAUGGAGCAAGAGGGAGUGGAAAACGGAACCGUGGAUUUGGAGAAACUAAACCGACAGGCGUGUCCGAGUGCUGAACAGUGCUAUUGUAAAUUGUACGGCAAGUGUGAUUUAGAUUGUAGGAUGAAGGGGAGUUGUCAGGGACAGUAUCGCUUACCGAGGGAUAUGAAACUUCCUGAUGAUUAUGGGAAACAGUUUGAACAUUUGGAUGGUCAUUCUGAUGGUCUUUGA